AUGGAUUAUUCAAAUAGAUUUAAUAGUAAGAAAGGUGCUGGUCAGAUUGCAUCUACAGAGGAUCAAAAUAUCCAUACAAAGAAUAGAGUAAGUGAAUUACUCCAGUCUCAUAUUUUAGAUAUUGAAAAUGAUCCAUAUGUAUUUAAAAAUCAUUUAGGUUUAUUGGAAUGUAAAUUAUGCUUAACUACUCAUAUUAAUGAAAUAUCAUAUAUUUCACAUUUAAGUGGAAGAAAACAUGCAUUGAAUUUAGAAAGGAGGAGAAUAUUAGAUGAGAAAUAUAAUAAGAAUAUCCUUCCAAAUUCUACUACUAUUUCAAAUAUUGAAAAACGAAGUUGGAAUAAGAUUGGAAAACCACAAUAUAAAAUAACAAAGAUUAGAGAUCCAGAUACUUUACAAAUUGGAAUACUUAUAGUUGUAAAGUUUCCGAAAAUUACUGUAUCUGAACCAUUUUUCAGAUUAAUGUCAUAUUAUGAGUUGACAUCAAAGAAUCAAAAUUAUUCAAAAAGAUUUAUAAAGAAAUUUAAAGAAGGAGACGAUGAAGAAGAGCAAGAACCUAAUGAUAAUCAAUAUUUAAUUAUAUCUGGUGAACCAUAUGAGAAUAUUGCAAUUAUAAUUCCGAAUGAUAAAGAAAUUGAGAAACCAAAUGAUGAGUUCAAAUUUAAUAACAAUUAUUGGUGGUAUUGGGAUAAUGAUAUAAAAGAGUUUUAUGUCCAAAUAUUAUAUAAAAACUGA